AUGGUAUGCUGUUUACUACAUCACAACAUUGGUCAUAGCAGCAAUAAUAACGGAACUGAUAACAGUGUAUCUUUCUGCUUAGACUCAGAUAAUACUAUCAAUAUAGAUUUUUUAAUAGAUAUUACUGAUAUUACAACUCUAACUUAUCUCUAUAGCAAACGGUGGUAUAAAGUAACGCCAGCCGUGCCUGAUACCCUGAGCAACAGUGUUCCCAGUCGAAGUCCUACUGCUUUAGCAGGCGUCGCGAAACAAAACGAUAAUUCGGACACCAGCUCUAUUACUCUGCCAAUGACUCUGACACGGACCCUGAUAUUUGGUUCUAGUCGAAAGAUUGAUCGACUCAGCAAUUUGAAGACACAGGUCAUAAGUACACGGAAUCGACCACUGCAUGCCCCCCUGCAGCGUGUACGGGAGGGGAUGGGGGAUAAAUCCAUGCUACAGAGCAUCUUCCACAGCAAACCUAUCUCAUAG